CUUUGUGUUUGAUAGAAUUGUAAUUUUUAAAAAGCUAUUGAACGGUUAUGACAAGAGGUUAUGAUAGAUAAGGAAGUAUCACAAUUUUAUCAAGAAUUUCCUCUACUCGCUAAUAAGUCCACUAAAGGGAAACGUAGAAUGAUAAUGUCUUGGUUUUUUGGUAAAAAGAAACAUCACAAGGAAUCACCGGUCGAAUCAACUGAAGAUCUGUCAUCUAGUAACAUAGAAAAUGAAUUUGUAAAUGUAGAGAGACAAACAUAUCCUGUUCCUCAAAAUUCUCAGGAUGGAACACCGUAUCCUGGUGGUGGCCUAUAUCCGCUCAUAAGUGGCGCUUCAACCUAUCCUACGCUACCUACAGAUUCAACUAAACAAAAUCAGCAAGGGGAUACGCAACAUUAUUUAAAUGGAGUGCCAUUCAAAUUAUGUAAACAAUUGGAGAAUAAUAUGAAUAAUGAUUUUGAGAUUGACAGGCUACGUGCAAAUGAAAUUUUAUCUUUUAUCCAAAGAAUAGAGGAGCAAAAUUUAGAUUAUGAUUUUUCACACGAAAAGAGUGUCAUUUCAGAAAUGAAUAGCACUAAUGAUGAGUAAUCAAUAAAUGUUAUCUAAAUAUUUAUAGACAAAAAGUAAUCUUAUUUUCUAAAUCACAUAUAAUGAAUUCUGAUAUUUCAAUAUUGUUUAAAAAAUACAUGUUAGUUUAAAAGUAAUUGCUUUAUAAUUUCGACAUUCUUUUUUUUUUAUAUAUUUAUUGCUUAUAUGUAAUUGUGAUGUAAUACUUUGUGAAUUUGGAAUAGAUAUAUUCUAAUUUCCAAGUAUAUGGUCCUAUUAAAUAUAAUUACAAUAAUUUUAAUUAGUGACAAUGUAUAUCUUAAAGAUUAUUCACGAAAGAAUAUUUACAUAUUAAUUGUACGUUUUAACUAUAUUUGUACUACCAUGCUUGCAAUGUAUAAUGACACUUGUAUUUCCUUAUUCGCUCAGGAAAAAACUUGGAGGCAGAUAUAUGACACAAAGUGUGCACAAGGACAUAUUCUUGAUAUUUAAUAGUUAUAUAAAUGACAUUUGUGUCAUUGUAAAUAUUGUUUACAAGUUUUAUAUUUAUCAUUGUUGAUGAUGAUUAAAUGCCAUUACUUAAUGUAAUCAAAUACAUACAAAAUAUUACAAAAUUAUUUUAAGAUAAACUAUUAGCUUGUUGCAAAGAAUUUAAUUAUUAACCUUAACAUGAGAUCAAACCAAAUAUUUUGAGAAAAAUAUUAAGUAUUGACAUUUUAGUAUUUUAACUUACUGCAACCGUAAAACUUUUUCAAACAUAAAUAUUAUAGAUACAUAUUUACAUAUACCUUUUUUGUAGUUUAACAUUAAUUUCUGCAAAUAUACUAAAAAUGUAAUGUAAGAACUACAAAUCUUUACCUACAAUUCUAGAAUUUCUAUAAAAUUCUAUAUAUAACAAGAUUACUAACGUUUAUUGUUGUUUAUGCAUUUGUCAUUAUAAUUAAUAAUAUAAAUUAUAAAUCGCGAAUUGUAUCAAGAAUCAUUAUAAUGAUGACAAGUAAAAAAAAUGGCAACCACUUUUUGAGAAAACCAUAAAAACUGUAACAAUGAAAAUAGUUUAUUAAAAUUUAUAGAUAAAAAAAAGUUUACAAUUAAUUAAUUAAUAUUUAAAUUUAUACUCACUUUAUAUAUUUUCCUUUUAUGACUAUAUAAGCUGCUAGCUUUACCAUGUUCCAGUUUGUAGAAUUAUCAUAAGCCAUUAAAUUUAAAGCUUUCGCAACAUGUGAGUGACAAUUGUCGAAAAAUAAAUUAUGCUAAAAGGUCGAUUAAAUGUAAUUUGAUAAUCAACAAUAAAAGAGACUAUGAGAUCAAAAA